CAACCAAACUGAAGGUCUGGCACACCUGAUGAUGGGCGACCAAGGGCAGAGAGGGGAAGCUUGGCUUCUAAGGUCCCUACUGAGCAUUCAAGGAAAGGAAGAGUACGUCGCAACCUUCAAAGGAUCUGAGUUCUUCUGCUACGACUUGUCCUUGAACCCGAUUCAAAGCAGCAGUGAUGAAAUCACAUUGUCAUUCAAAACCCUGCAGAGGAACGGACUGAUGCUGCACACGGGCAAAUCAGCUGAUUACGUCAACCUGGCACUGAAAAAUGGGGCUGUUUCACUCGUCAUUAAUUUGGGGUCUGGAGCCUUUGAAGCUCUUGUGGAGCCAGUCAAUGGGAAAUUUAAUGACAAUGAUUGGCAUGAUGUCAAAGUAACAAGGAAUCUACGUCAGCACUCAGGCAUUGGACACGCUAUGGUAACAAUAUCCGUGGAUGGGAUUCUGACCACCACAGGAUAUACACAAGAAGACUACACCAUGCUAGGCUCUGAUGACUUUUUCUAUGUUGGAGGGAGUCCUAGCACAGCUGACCUGCCCGGAUCUCCGGUCAGCAACAACUUCAUGGGCUGCCUCAAGGAGGUUGUGUACAAAAACAAUGAUGUGAGACUGGAGUUGUCCAGGCUGGCCAGGCAGGGUGACCCCAAGAUGAAGAUCCACGGUACCGUGGCCUUUAAGUGUGAGAACGUGGCCACUCUGGACCCCAUCACCUUCGAGACGCCAGAGUCUUUUAUCAUCCUCAACAAGUGGAACGCCAAAAAGACAGGCUCCAUCUCCUUUGACUUCCGCACCACAGAGCCCAACGGCCUUCUCCUCUUCAGCCAUGGCAAGCCAAAGCAGCAGGCGAAGGAUUCCAAGAACCCUCAAACCCUCAAGGUGGACUUCUUUGCCAUUGAGAUGCUGGACGGCCAUUUGUACCUGCUGCUGGACAUGGGCUCUGGAACCACAAAGACCAGGGCAGUCAAUAAGAAAGUCAAUGAUGGCGAAUGGUACCAUGUGGACUUCCAGCGAGAUGGCAGAUCAGGCACCAUUUCUAUCAACACCCUCCGUACUGCCUACACAGCCCCUGGAGAAAGUGAGAUCCUGGACUUGGAUGACAACCUCUACCUCGGGGGUCUGCCAGAGAACAAAAUGGGGCUGGUGUUCCCAACGGAGGUGUGGACAGCACUGCUCAACUACGGCUACGUGGGCUGCAUCCGGGAUCUAUUCAUCGACGGCCAGAGUAAGGAUGUCCGGCGCCUGGCCGAGAUCCAGAAGGCUACCGGGGUUAAACCCUCCUGCACGAAGGAGCCUCCUAAGCAGUGUUUGAGCAACCCCUGCCAAAACAAUGGGAUCUGUAGAGAGGGCUGGAACCGCUAUGUGUGUGACUGCUCCGGAACUGGAUACCUGGGACGCUCCUGUGAAAGAGAGGCGACGAUCCUCAGCUAUGACGGCAGCAAGUUUAUGAAGGUCCAGCUGCCAGUGGUGAUGCACACAGAAGCCGAGGACGUGUCUCUACGCUUCCGCUCCCAACGAGCCUACGGCAUCCUAAUAGCCACCACGUCUCGGGACUCGGCUGACAGCCUGCGUCUCGAGCUGGAGAGCGGGCGCGUCCGCCUGACUGUCAAUUUAGAUUGUGUCAGGAUUAACUGUACCUCCAGCAAAGGUCCAGAGACUAUAUUUGCGGGUCAGAAUCUGAACGAUAAUGAGUGGCACACGGUGCGUGUGUUCAGAAGGGGCAAGAGUUUGAAACUGACCGUAGACGAUCUGCCGCCUGUAGAAGGUCAAAUGGCGGGCGAUCACACCCAACUGGAGUUCCAUAACAUAGAGACGGGCAUUGUGACAGAGAAGCGCUUCUUGCCCAUGGUGCCGUCCAACUUCAUCGGCCACCUCCAGAGCCUCGCCUUCAACGGCAUGGCCUACAUAGACCUCUGCAAGAAUGGCGACAUCGAUUACUGCGAGCUCAACGCCAUGAUCGGCUUCAAGAACAUCAUCGCCGACCCCGUCACUUUCAAGUCGCGCUCCAGCUAUGUGACCCUCACCACUCUGCAGGCCUACUACUCCAUGCACCUCUUCUUUCAGUUCAAGACCACGUCCUCGGACGGCCUCAUCCUUUUCAACAGCGGGGAUGGGAAUGACUUCAUCGUGGUGGAGCUGGUCAAAGGUUACCUGCACUAUGUGUCUGACCUGGGGAACGGAGCCCAAUUGAUUAAAGGCAACUCCAACAAGCCCCUGAACGACAACAACUGGCACAACGUCAUCAUCUCCAGGGACACCAACAACCUUCACACUGUCAAGAUCGAUACCAAGAUCACCACGCAGACAACCACAGGAGCCAAGAACCUGGACCUGAAGGGUAAUCUUUACGUUGGUGGGGUGGCGAAGGAGAUGUUCAAGGAGCUGCCCAAGCUGGUGCACGCCAAGGAGGGUUUCCAAGGUUGUCUGGCGUCGGUGGAUCUGAACGGGCGGCUCCCAGACCUGAUGUCGGACGCUCUCGACUGCGUGGGUCAGAUAGAGAGAGGGUGUGAAGGCCCCAGCACGACGUGCCAAGAGGACUCAUGUGCCAACCAGGGCGUGUGCCUGCAGCAGUGGGAGGGCUUCAGCUGUGACUGCAGCAUGACCACGUUCGGAGGGCCAUUGUGUAAUGACGCGGGAACAACGUACAUAUUCGGGCGAGAUGGUGGACAGAUCACAUACACGUGGCCGCCAAAUGACCGUCCCAGCACGAGGGCAGACCGGCUAGCCAUCGGUUUCAGCACUCACCUGAAGGAUGCUGUCCUGGUGAGGGUGGACAGCUCCUCUGGUCUCGGAGAUUUCUUGAAGCUCCACAUCGAAAAAGGAAACAUUGCCGUUGUAUUUAAUGUCGGAACAGACGACAUUAACAUUGAGGAGACAUCAAAGUUUGUAAAUGACGGAAAGUACCAUAUAGUGAAGUUUACGAGGAGUGGGGGUAAUGCCACUCUGCAGGUGGAUGACCUGCCAGUCAUUGAGCGCUACCCCACAGGCAACAAUGAUAACGAACGCCUGGCGAUUGCUAGACAGCGAAUCCCAUACCGACUUGGUCGAGUAGUUGACGAAUGGCUACUCGACAAAGGGCGGCAGCUCACAAUCUUCAACAGCCAAACCACUAUACAGAUUGGGGGCUGGGAGCGAGACCGGAGUCGAUCGUUUCAGGGCCAGCUCUCGGGCCUCUACUAUAAUGGCUUGAAGGUGUUCAACAUGGCCGCAGAGGGGGAUCCUAACAUUAAGGUCCAGGGCAGCGUGCGGCUCGUGGGGGAGUCGCCUUCCUCCAUCACGCCGCAGUCCAGCACAACGGCCAACCGCUCGGAGACGUCCACAUCCAUCAUGGAGAUCACCACCACCACGGCGUCCAGCAGGCGAGUCAAGCAGACGACGCCACGAGAGCCUCAGCAGACAACCGACGACUUUGUGGUGGCAUCGGCCGAGUGUCCAAGCGAUGAUGAGGACAUUGAUCCCUGUGAGCCGAGCUCAGGUGGGUUAGGUUAG